CUUGGCUCUUCCUGCCACCCAUCUCUCCUCUCAUCCUCAAAUCCAGCCAAUCUCAGACUCACCGUCUUCUGUGGUCAUCAUGGACGUAGACAUGAAGCCAAAAGAUGAGGUCGAGGAGAGGAAGGAGCGUGAGAGAGACCGGGAGAGGGAUCGUGAGGCAGAUCGCGAUAGGGACCGUGACCGCGACAAGGAUAGGGACAGGCGCGACCGCGACAAGGAGCGGGAUCGCGACCGUGAACGCGACAAGGACCGCGACCGCCGUGAGCCCGGUCGUUCUCGCAAGAGCGACCACUGGGAGCCUGAUGACAGACGCAACGGCGACCGCCGCUCCCGCCGUUCUCGGAGCCGUACUCCUCAUCGUUCUCGUUCUCGCCGACGGUCAGGCUCACCUCGCCGCCGUCGUCGUUCGCGCUCGCGCUCACGCUCUCCGCGCAGCCGUAGCCGGUCUCCAAGCUCACGAAGUCGCGACAGGCGCGCAACCGAGCCGUUUGCACGCUCUCUAGGUGGUCCGAUGAACGCGCCGCACGAGGAAGCAGUCGAGUUCGCCAAGGUAUCGAAGCGCGAGAACCGCGUCUACGUCGGCAACCUAUCCUACGACGUCAAGUACCGCGACCUGAUGGAAUUCAUGCGGGGAGGUGGGUUGGGAGACCUUAGAGCUUCAACUUCUUUUGGCUUCGUUCGGGGAGGUUGGGAUUUGGUUACGGGAUUGGUAUUGGCGCCGGUCAUCGGAGAUAGGAGGGGCGUUACUGCAGACGUGGCAGCAGUGUCGGGUCAGGCCAAGGUAGAGGCUGAGGAUGCGGAUGAUGCAGAGGCCCUUGGAUGCACGAGAAUCGACGGAGACACGACUCGCGCCGCCCGAACCGCGUUCGAGGCAAGGUCUGACGGUUCAUGGUCACGGUUACGGUCAUGGGCACAGGCAUGGAGUAGAAGCCGUUGCGGCUGUGGUCCUGGUUAUCGGAGCGGUUGGAGUGAGAGAGGGGCCCCUGGACGCACCGCUUGGCAGCCUAGUCACCGUCUCAACCGCAUGCACCGACGUCUUCCGCGGAGUUUGGAGUUGGAGUUUCUGGUUCAUUGACGGAGUGACGACUUGAAGGAUGGUUUAUUGAUGGGAGCUUUCUUUUGGGUUUGGUUAGCUGGUGAGGUCCUCUUCGCCGAAGUCCUUGUUACACCAACCGGUGUUUCGAAGGGAUGCGGUAUCGUCGAAUAUGCCUCUCAGGAGGACGCACAGCGCUCAAUCCGCGAGCUCUCUGAGCAGCUCCUUUUGGGCCGCCCGGUCUUCAUUCGUGAGGAUCGUGAAAAUGAGUCUCGGUUCGGUGCUACGCCCGUUCCGGGCAAGAUCGGUAUGGCGAUGGCUGGACAGGGGCUGAACGCAGUCCCGCCACCGCGCCCGCCGUCUCACAAUUACUUCACCCAUUCGAAUCCAGGCAAUCAGCUUUACGUUGGCAACUUGCCUUACCAGGCUGGCUGGCAAGACCUCAAGGACCUCUUCCGCUCCGCCGGCAACAUCAUUCGCGCGGACAUCAACAUAGGCGCUGACGGCCGACCCAAAGGCUCCGGCACGGUCAUUUUCGAGACUGCCAAGGAUGCCCAGCAGGCCAUUAGCAUGUACAACGGCUUUGACUGGUACGGUCGCACCCUCGAAGUGCGUGAGGAUCGCUACGCCGGCCUGACCGGCCCUGGCUCGUACCGCGGCGGGCCCCGCGGCGGGCUUCGCGGCGGAGGCUUCCGCGGGGGCUUGCGUGGAGGCUUCCGCGGUGGCUUCCGUGGCGGCUACGCUGGUGGCGGUGGCCCAGGUGCAGGCGGCGGCGGACGCGACUUCUCGAGCCAGGACCUGUACGCGGACUACUCGGGUCCGGACCAGCCGGGCAACCUGCGUCUGGGCGCGUACAGCGACGGCGGCGCGUAUGGCGGUGCUGGCGGCUUCGGCGCAGGUUUCGAGCCGGAGCCGUCGCAGCAAAUCAUGGUUCGCAACUUGCCGUGGUCGACUGCGAAUGAAGACUUGGUCGAGCUGUUUGAGACGACCGGCCAGGUCGAGCUCGCGGAGAUCUUGUACGAGGGUACGCGCUCGAAGGGUUGUGGUGUUGUCCAAUUUGCUCAGGUCGCGGAGGCGGAGACUGCGAUUGCCAAAUUCCAGCAGUACAUGUACGGUGGUCGGCCACUCGACGUGCGAUUCAACGACCGCUGGCACACGUUCUCCCCUGGGGCAGCGAAGGGUGGCCAAACUGUGCCCAUGCAAGCGGACGGCGCUAUGUAACCACUUUUGGCAGCGUUCUCCUAUGUUCUUGUUCUGCGUCGGUUGUGUUCUAGGGGAACCAUGCUACCCACCCCUAUGUAUCUGCAUCAUACAAAAGUGCCGUCAGCGUUAUCGUUCGGUCCCUAUAUACUUCCUGCCGUCUUCCAUCUACGUACAUUACAGUAUCGUGCACGUCAGCAUGCAUAUGCCAACAUUGUGUGUAUGGAACGAAGAAUAAACAUGCAAGUCUA